GAUCAGCGCCAUGAAGCUGCCCGACUCCCACCACGUGUCCCCGGAGGAUUACUACCUGCUGGCGGACACCUGGAAGCAGGAGUGGGAGAAGGGGGUGCAGGUGCUGGCCAGCCCCGACACCAUCCCCCAGCCCUCCGUCAGAGCGGUUGUGGAGAAGCCCAAAGAGCUGCUGUUCACGCUCCAGAGGAAGUUCCUCCAGAGCUCCAGUCAGGAGUCCACGGAGCCGGGAUACAUGAACAUCAAGGAGCUGUCGGAGAACAUGUGCCGCUACGACCUGGACGACAUGGACCUGCACUGGCUGCAUGGCCUCAACACGGAGCUGCAGCGCAUGGUUUGGACCUGA